AUGUGGCAAAGUGGAUGGAAUGCAAGAAAACGCACCGGCACACACUCUCAGCAUCCUAAUGGGUUUCAGAGAGAAUAGACAGACAAUUCAGCGCAUGAACAGGCUGUCGCUAAGGAAUUCACCUUAGGUGUCCCCCCCUCCCCUUCUCUUCCCGCAGCAGGACAUUAUUUUAAUUUAAACUAAGUAAAGAAAAAAUCGACAGGAAAGAAGAGACGAGGUUUCCUCAUCAUGUCUCUGGACUGUUGAAUCUCUGUCAUUUGUUGAGUGUUUGGGGGAGAAGACGAGCGGACCGUAUUAACGUGUCCAAACGCCAUUUAACGUUGGGCAGCGGAGGCAAGUGGACUUUUCAGAUAGGUUUGCAUCUUUGAUAUGAAAUCCGACGCUGUGAUACAUGCAUUGGCGUAUCAGGGGCCAUCCAUAUUUCUCGGCAUCUAAUUUUUUUUCCACCACAGGAGUGAUAUAGCCUGCUCUGACGUCUGCAUCAGAUAUUACCCAGUGCUUUUUCAAUGUGCAUUUUCCCCUCAGUGACUUUGCGCUGAUCUACAUCAUCAUCAGCAGCAGCAACGGGAGAGAGAGAGAGAGAGACAGAGAGAGAGAGAGAGAGAGAGAGAGAGAGAGAGAGAGAGCAAGACAGAGAGGGGAAAAAAAGGGAAUGAAGAUUUCAUUUUUCUUUUUUUUAAACCCACCGCUCCCCUUCAGCCGACCAGCGUUUCCAGCUCAAACAAAUAUCUUUUAACAACAUCACGUUGUGGAAUAGUCUGGCGCCGGAGCAUCGCUGGAACCAUGCCUCUUCUGCAGAUUUGGACUGGGAAAUUUCAUCCACCAAUUUGAUCAUCAAGAGGCUGCUGCUCAGUCAUUCAUGCCAGUAUUUGUUUGUUUUUUUUAAAGAAGACUUGUCAUCACUUUUUAAAACUAUUGUGUGUGCUGUUUUGUUUGUUUGUUUGUUUUUUGUUUUGUUUUUUGUUUUUUUGAGCAAGAUGUCUGAUCUUCUGGUGUUGGUCGAGGGGCUCUGUGACCUGCACGGAUUUCCAUAGCUGGGGAAAACAGCGGGGGCCAAUUAGGAGAUUUUUUUUGAAAAUCGAGAAGUAUAUUUUAAUGAAGACAUCGCAUGCUUAGAUGUAGGCUAGUCUAUUCGACAUUUUUAAAAGGCAAUUAUUUUUUGAUUGCCGAUUUUUACUUUGUGCAUUUUCGGGAGGACCACUGGACUGGUUGGAUUAUAGAAACUAUAUCUAAGGAUUUGUGGAGAUGUUGGGUCGUCAAGAAGAUAAAUUAUGUGGAAUUUUCUCUGCUCUGGCGGCUUUGUCCUUCGUAUGCUUUGUUCAAAGCUCCUCCACUGGAAGCACCGGAAUGUCUGUGGCCAAGACCACCGUGGACAAGUUGCUGAAGGGAUAUGACAUCCGUUUAAGGCCUGAUUUUGGAGGUCCUCCAGUCAUCGUGGGAAUGAGCAUCAAUAUAGCGAGCAUCGACUCCAUCUCAGAAGUAAACAUGGACUACACCAUCACAAUGUAUUUCCAGCAGAGCUGGCGAGAUAAGCGUUUGGCCUAUGGUGAGCUGAACCUAAACCUGACUCUGGACAACCGUGUAGCAGACCAGCUUUGGCUCCCUGACACCUACUUCCUUAAUGACAAGAAGUCCUUUCUUCAUGGUGUGACAGUAAAAAACCGUAUGAUCCGACUGCACCCCGAUGGCACUGUCUUAUAUGGACUGAGAAUAACCACCACUGCUGCUUGUAUGAUGGACUUAAGGAGGUACCCUCUUGAUGAACAGAACUGCACCCUGGAAAUUGAAAGCUAUGGAUAUACCACAGAUGACAUCGUAUUCUUCUGGCAAGGAGGAGACAAUGCUGUGACAGGCGUUGACAAGUUAGAGUUACCUCAGUUCUCCAUUGUGGACAUCCGCUUGGUGUCCAGGGAGGUCAGGUUUACUACAGGAUCAUAUCCAAGGCUUUCGCUGAGUUUCAGGAUUAAGAGGAACAUUGGAUAUUUCAUCCUGCAGACGUAUAUGCCCUCCAUCUUGAUCACCAUCCUCUCCUGGGUCUCCUUCUGGAUCAAUUAUGAUGCCUCUGCAGCUCGGGUGGCCCUGGGUGUGACAACGGUGCUUACCAUGACAACAAUUAACACCCACCUUAGGGAGACUCUCCCAAAGAUUCCGUAUGUGAAAGCCAUCGACGUCUACCUCAUGGGCUGUUUUGUGUUUGUGUUCCUGGCCCUGCUUGAAUAUGCCUUUGUAAAUUACGUGUUCUUUGGCCGGGGCCCUGCGCAACAGAAGAAAAUCAAUGAGAGGCUGAACAAAGCCAACAACGAGCGCACAAGAUACGAAGAGAAGCGCCUGAGGGAACAGGACUCCAUUUCCGUGCCGUUUCAAACCAACACCUUCAGGUCAUUUACACAGCGAAGAAAUCUGUAUCUCGAGGAACAAAGAAAAGUUGGGGUGGAUGCUUAUGGAAACAUCCUCCUCACCACACUGGAGAUGAACAACGAAGUGAUGCCUUCUGACGUGGGGAGUAGCGUCAGUGACUCUCGGAAUUCGGUCAUGUCCUUCGACAGCUCCGGGGUCCAAUUCAGGAAGCCCAUGGCGCCCCGAGAUGGCUUCAGCCACCACUCGCUGGACCGGAGUGCCAUGCGGAGCCGGGCCAACUGUCGGCUACGACGACGCUCCUCCAAGCUCAAGUUGAAAAUCCCAAACCUGUCAGAUGUUAGCACCAUUGACAAGUGGUCCCGGGUCAUUUUCCCUAUCACCUUUGGAUUUUUCAACCUAAUCUACUGGUUGUACUAUGUGAAUUGAUGUGCAUCCCACUAGGAAUCAUGGGCCAUAUUUUGAGAGCACAUUAAAUUGGCUUUGAUACAGUUCCAAAAUAUGUAUACACAUAUACAAGUUGAACAUAUGUAUAUGCAUAUUUCUAUAUAUUAUAUUUAUAUAUACACGUGUGAAAUCUGAAGGACCUUUCUGCUGUACAAAAUAUUAAUAGGAUGACUUGAAUGUUUAAGAAUAAUUGUGAGAGAAGAAUUUCAAGGCUUUGAGUUUCUUUUUCCUCCUGAAACAAACAAACAAACGAACAAACAAACAAACAUAACAAACAAACAUAACAAACAAACAAACAAACAAACACGAGAUCCCACCAGGGGUUUUUGGAACUAAAGACUGCAUGAUAUUUUUGCUAAAAAAAAAACAAGAAAAAAGAGAAAGUGAAAGCUCUUGAGAGAGAAAAGAUGUCUCAGAGUCCCAUUGACUUUUUAUUGAUACUUAUUGUAAUCAGAAAUCCUCUACUGCAGCUCAUGAAAUCAGUGGUGGCUUGUCUGUUCAGGCAUCAGCUGAGUGAGAUCCUUGACACCCCCACCCCACCCUACCCCCGUACCCCUCACCCCAACCCCCAACCCCCCGUCGCUUUCACCCUACUCAGUACCCACGCCCCCUCCCCCACAAACCCCCCACGCCCCCAUCACCCAUGGAUAACAUGCACGGAAAUCUCCGGUUCUACUAUGUACAGCAACCUUGUUUGGAUUAUGUGUUGUUCCUUGGGUUUUUUGAAGUGAUAUCGUUCUCUUUAUCAGACAUCAGCUCUGGCCUAAUGGUCUCCAUUAGAGGGCCGUGUGGAUGGGAUGCUUGACCGCCGCAUUCCCGCACAGAGUCGCAACGCAAACUUGUAUUCCUUUCUCUUCUCAUGUUAUUUUUAGAAAACAUGUCCUCGGGGAGGGGGAGGGGGUCUUUUUUCAUUAUGGUUAAAAACAAAAUGCUGAUUAUUGUAGAUAUGAUUUUGUCUUGAAAAAUACUGUGAUUUCAGAGAGUGUCAGAACAUGUUCUAGAGCUAGGGCAUUAUGAGAUAAAAGAGUCAAAGGUAUGCAUUACUCAUUUUGAUUGUUUGAAAAAAAAAGCAUAUUCUGUACAUUUUAUCAUUCAGUAUUCUCAUGAAGGUAUACUUGUACUGUUUCUUUCCUCCUAUUGAUUGAUUCACAUGCUCUUUAGAUGCAGAGUUCAUUGAUGUCAUAUCCUGCUUUGUGUUUGCUAAAAAGGACAUGGGGGGAUUGCUUUUGUGAUUUGUUUGAAAUUAUUCCACAGUGAAGAUGUGAGAACAUGUAUAUUCAAAAGAGUCAACAUAUCCGCCCACAGUUUGACCAGUUGUCAUUCAGUAUACAGUAUUUCUUUCUUUGUUGAGCAUUAUCUUCAGUGUUUAAGUCACAGUUUCUGAAGGCAAGGUUAUUUGAUUGGGAUAGCGAUGGGCAGCCUGGGCAGAAGACGUGGGGAGAGAGGGAUUCAGCAGUUCACACUCAAACUCAACCAGUGCCAUCCCAUAAGAUGCUCUGAACCCCUCUGAGGAUCAGAAACAUUAGUCUCAUCAGGAAUGAUACAGUGAUCCUUGGGGGAGAAAAAUGCGAUAAAUAGCCAUGAAUUCAAAUGACAACCAAAAGGCCUAUAAUCCAUAUGCAUUAUUGGGGUUUUUUUGCUCUCAAAUACACAGGCUACAUUUUCCAGUGCUCAGGUUCAUUUGCAAAAAGAAAAAAGUGCUGUAGAUUUUUUUAUUUAUUCAUUUUGAAAUCAGAUUGGAUAAUCAAGUGCUCAAUAGCUGUGGAAUCCAAAUGACAUUUGGUUUGUGUAGCCACCAAAUAAAGUAAAAAAGAUGAAGUCAGAACAUUAGAUGGAUGAGGCAGAUGGACAGUGGAUAUUGUAGGUAAAAUAGGAAAAAACAAAAAAAAAAGAAAAUAAAAGAUUAAAAAAAAAAAAAAAGUCCUCCCAUGCCUGUUUAGCUUCAGCUGAAGUGCAGAGCAGCAUCUUCCUCUGUGUCAUUUUCACUUCAAGCACAAACAGGCUCUACUGGGAGCAACAGGCUCUGAGCAAAACCUACACAACCAAAUCAACCAUCGAGUCCUUGAGCAGAAAAGUGAUUGACUCAUUAGAAUAUGAGCACAGCGCAGUCCCCAAGAAAUAUACAAAGGGAAACCGGGAGGGAAAAUUGGCAUAUACUGUACACAAACACAUGGGGACAAGAGGAAGAUGGAAGAGCUGCAGAGUAACGAGAUGAAGAUGGCAAAGCAGGAGCACCAAUUUAUCAUCAGAUAUAUCCACUCCCCUCUGGGUGUAGUAUGCAUAAGACGCCUUCAAAAAGGAAUACUGAUCAGAAACCAAUUUGUCUCCGUAAGUCAUAGUGAAGUUUGUACAGUGAUGUGGCCCGAGCUCUGAUCCAAGUUUAGUAUUUCUUUUUGUUUAGAUUUUUAUGCAUUGUCGUCAUAUUCCGCAGAAGAAAAUGAAAAAAAAAAAGAAAAGAAAAGAUCAUCUUUAAAUUUCCAGUAAUGCAUACACAUAUGCAGGAAGAUGGUGAAAGUGACAGGAAGACAUACUGAGCUGAGUUUUAUGUUUAUGUCUGCAGCUGAACAAUCUGUCGUUUGUCUCUCAGUCAACUGUGAGUCCAAACAUAUGACCAAAACAUAGUGAUAAGUCUUAAAUGUGAAGAAAGUAAAUUUGUAGUUAUUUAUGUGAAAUGUGACAAUGAGUCAAAAAGAGCCACAGUAAGCUAAAUUAGCAGUAAAUAUUGUGAGAAAAUGGCCUCUGGGUUCAAAUUUCUCCAAGUUCUGAAGCAGGUUUUAUUGUGUUACAUAGAAAAUACGUAUUAUACUGUAGAUGACUGGUAAGUGUGAAGGCUAAAAUGGUGCCAUAUGUGAUAGUGCACAAAUUCUACAAAAGUUGCCAAAUGGAAGUGAGUUAAGACUGAAAUGUAAUGAACUUGAAAACAGUAGCAUCACUUGUUUGAGCAUGCAGUCUUUCACACCUUGGUUAAGAGUGCCCAGUGCCAAUUUAAAGAGUACUCCACAGUUUUAGAAUUGCACUCCUAUAACAAAGUUAGACUCACAGUGGACAAUAUAAAACAAAAAGGAUCAAAAUCAAUGCUGCAGAACCUGAGAUAAUGUAUUUUUUCAUUAUUCCACAUGUUCUUUUUUGUCCAAUUCUGGUGCCUACAUUACCCAUGAUGCAACUUGACCACCUAUGGUUCAAUCAGAGAAUUAGGUGUGUUAUGCUAGUAGCGGUUAAUGUAGCUUCGAGCUGCUAGCCUCAAGCAGAGAUGAGAAGUGUGCUACAGUAGUCUGGUGAAUUCAAACCUCCACAGAUUUUUUUCUCUUUUUCAAAGUUGUAGUCUUCAGACCCAACCAACACCAUCUCAAGUGAUGUCACUCAAGGCACCUGUAAAUGGACUUUGAUGUGUAAAGUUCCCCUUUAACUCAUAAUAUCCAUCACUGGGAUAUGUAUGCUGCAAUUCUAGCUUGUAAAACCUUUAUCAUGUGAGACGAUCCAGUGACAUCACUGCUAGAUAUGAUUCACUUUGUUGGUUUUUGUAAUCAGAUGAAGAACUGCUUUGGAUUGCAUUUCCCACAGUAUAGAUUACUCUGUGGUUGGUAUAAGGUGUUUAUGACGUUAGAUGUGGAUGGUGUCUGAGUCAGGCAUAUUCAGGCACUUUUGAGGUGAUGAUUACUGAUUACUGUGCACAUUCAUUUUCAUGUUUCAGGUAGCCUUGUCCUUUAAAAUUUUUGAUGAAAUAAAAUAAAGGAAGUUGGUAAGACUUAGUGGAUAGGGAAUGCAAGUUUACAGAAAAAACACACUUUAUAUAUUUUUUUAAUCAUUUCAUUCUGGUGUGCACACUAACAGCUUGUCAAACUGUUCAAAGGCAAUAUGAUGGAUCUUUCCCUAAGAGUUGGGUCAGACUCUGAGGCCAGAGGAUACUAUCAGUUCCAGUGCAAGAAGAGCACAAAAAAUAUGGGACAUAAGGCAAUCGUAAGUGUUAUUUUAACUAAAUCAGUCGAAUGUGUUCAACUAGAUAAAAAAAACACUAAUCCAUCUACUCUGUGGUUUCAAUUAAAAACACACUUAGAGUAUAUUUUGUUACGCAAACUAACACAAUUAUCAAAUUCUCAUUGAGGUUGAUUUAUUCCCAGUAAUGAAUACAAACAUGCCUAUUUAAGUAUUAACCUUUUUUGGGUUUUGUUUUGUUUUCCUUUUUUUUCAGAUAGUUAAUGCAUAUCUUUAAUGAACUCCAAACACAUACAGAGGAGAAACAUUAGCAGCCCUUGCAUGCUCGCAGUAAAUAUAUUCACCACUCAUUUCACUCGGAACAUGUAUUACCUGCUUUCUGGACAUGAAAUCAGCACAUUCAUCCCAAAAGCUGUGAGGAUGUUCUGUUCUAUGCUUUUACUUUAGGAUCUUUGCUUAUACAAGAGAGAAAAUACAUUUCUUUUUGACACAUAUGUUCAAGGAGUAGAGGAGGAGAAAAAAAAGUGUUGAACUGAUUUCAAUGUGAAUUUUCUUGCCUCUAGUGUAUAUGUGUAAUUACAUGUGAAUUGUACUGUAAAUAUGAUAUCUUUCACUUAAUAGUUCUUAAUGCAUGAACAAAAACAUGGCAGUUCGUAAUACCAGCUAGCCUCACUGCUAAUGGCAUGGACAGCUUCUCUAGCAUUGGCAUACUUCUGCAAACGAAACCUAAAAAAUGAAACACAAGAAAUACACGGUGUGAACAAAAUAAUGGAGAAAUCAACGCAAAGUCCUCUCACAGUGCAGAAGUUUCUGGUGGCUCUGAGCUUGCAUUGGUUCACCUGUUCCUGCGAGAACAAGGCUAAUGCUAAUGCUGUUAAAGAUUCCUUGGAAUUACAGUGUGCCUUGGUUCUCUGUCAGCAAAUGGGAUGGUGCCGUCUUGAUUGAAAUUCUCUAGUUGAGCUUUCCCAUUUAUCAAAUCUGAAGUAGCAGGAUUUUUGGGGGGAGAUUUCAGCAUAGUACACUUGCAGCGUUUACCUCAGCCAUCAACAGAUCACUCAAUUGUCCAUUGUCCAUGGAACUACAAAGAAUUUUAAGGGCAUGUUCGGCUAGCUGGCUUAAAGAGGCUAGAGGAGCAGGGUUGCCUUAAGAAGGCGUGUGGGAUGUUCUUUCCUGUUCCUCAAUAAGACAGUCAUGUGUGCCCUUGACCAAGGUACUCAGCCGAUUGCCCAAGUGCAGCUGCUCACUUGCCAACAACAGAAAUCUGUGUAGGCUAGCUCCCAGAAGUAAAUAUGUCUAGCGAUGUGAGGGUAUUAACAGAGAAUAGUUUCCUGAGUAAGUGUAAAGAACAAAAAACAGUUUUGCUUGGUUCUGUAUACCUAAAUUAAACCCAGCAUUGCAGUGUGGCCUCUCACCUUUUGAUGUUUGUGUCUGUUAGAUGCCAUUUCACAUUUUGCCAUAAUUACCAGCUGGGAUCUAAUCUGGACAAAGUUAUAAAUCAUAUCGUUCUCUGCUGACUCUAGUCCUUGUGUUAGGGUGUUUCAUCCGGGAUAACACCAUUCCCCAAAAAAAGAUAUGCAUAAUGGGCUGAGCCUGUGAACACAAAACUGCUGUGUGAGUUAGGAACAGCACUGACCUCUGCUAAAAGAGAGAACCACAACCAUGCAAGCCAAUUUCAUCCACUGAACACCAGAACACAGCUGACAGACUCCUCACUGUUGGAAGGACUUUUGUUGGUGCAUUCAUUAUUUUGUAUACCUUGUAGGUUUUGUUUUGCAUGACCUGAGUUUUGAAAGGUUUUAUUUUCAUAUAUUUUUACUUCACACCAUCUGAUUCAUCUCCACAGCCAGGAAAAGAAAGAUCCAGUGUUUACACGCUCAAAUUGCACUUGUUUUACAGCCAGCUCUAUAAAUCUUGUGAAACAAACUGUUCGUAAAACUGGAGGAAAAAUGUAAACUGCAGAACGUACAUCUGUGUGAUUCGUGUGAAUCAUGAAUAUGUACUUCUACAAAUGUAUUUACUGUAAAUCACGCAGUUUGGAAUAGAUGCACCAAGUGCAUGCUGUAGUUUUAUCAGGUUCAGCAUAAGCAUUAACAUCAAUCGCCCUUCAACUACAAAGGAUGUAAAGGAUGCUCACCAGAAGCAUCUGAACGUAAGCCAUGUGAUUGCACACUGAGUGGGUGUUCCCUGUAUUUUCUCUUUAAUAAGUUGCCUCUGGUUAUGGUCUGUUGUCGAUUAAUGUAUGAUGAUACUUGCGAGAAGCUGUGCUGAUUCCCCAGUUACACAUCUGUAUACUUCCCCUCUGAAAGAGUCUACCUAGGGAGACUAUCUUCGUUUAACCAGUAGGUAAGAGAGAUUUUCCAACACUAUAAAAAUUGGCAACGAAAAGAAAGAAACCCACACAAGACCAACAGCCCAUUUAUUUUUCAGUAUAAAUUAGUAAAUGAUUUUCUUCAUUUCUGUGUUCAUUUCUGAUUUAUUGUAUUUGUUGCAUUUGUUAUGGAUUGUUAUUCUUACUGUUGUUGUUGUUUUAUCAUAAGAAGGAAAUGUAACUCAUCUGAUAUACUGGCACUGGAAGAAAAAUGCAUUUGGUUUUUUGUACUGUAAUUGUUUUGUUCACAUUGGGCGCUUAUUUGAUUCAGUUGUUUAAUAAGGUGUUUGAUUUCAUUUGGAGUAUCAGUACUCAUGGAAUCAACAUUUGUGUAGUAUGAAGUUGUAUUUUUUUUGUCAGUGCAAAUUAAUGUUAUAGUGUCAAUCAGCUUUUUUAGGUGUUUGAACAAAAUGUGUUUUUUACAAAUACAAGGUGUUCAAGUAUGUGGUAUAAAAAGGGUUAUCAUUCAAACAACAGACUUUUUACAAAUAAAGGCUUAUACAGUAAAGAAAGCUAAUGUCUUUUCAUUUGCCCUUUGUGGACUAAUAUACAACAUUGUUUCAUUUGACUUUUUAUUAAUUUGUUUUCAGAUAUUAGUCCCCAAAAGGUAAAUAGCAUACAAUGUUGCAAAAUAAGAGGAUAAAAUCAGGUAUUUACCAUUGCUAUUCCAGGUUGUUGUCAGAGCUCUCACCUCUUAGUUGGUGUCUUGCUUUUGAUAAGGACUGUUGGAUAUGAAGACAGUCCAAAAAACAAAAUUUAAGAAAACUCAAGAGUGUCUUCUUUUAAUUUGAUUACAAAACAUUGCGCGUUUAUGAGAAUAUACCUCCUUUCAUACCCUAUUUCCUGAAUAAAGACGCAAAGUGA